AUGUCCACACCUACUUAUCAAGGUAUAUCCGACACAGCCACUUGGGAGCAGAUCGCCAUCCUGAAGGAUCAUGACGACCUCAUCGACACCAUCUCCUCGUCUCGCAACGACCGCCUCCUUGCAAGUGCAUCUGUUGAUCACACAACGCGUCUAUGGAAUCUGGAUAUCAACCUCCCAGUCGGACCACGCAUCCAACAUGAAGGUGAUGUGCGCUGCGCAGCACUUUCCGCUGAUGGAAAGCUGAUUUUCAACGACGUGACAAACGGUGCUCGUUCCUCCAGAGCAUACGGUAACUAUCACUAUUCCUCUGCCCGCCAUUCCCACUGUCUCACACCCUCUUUGGGAGUGAGAGUACGCUCUUUCGUCGCCUUUGGUCACCUUUCCGUCGCUCUCCUCGCAACAAACGAUGCAACCAAACUCCAGCAACGCCCAAGGUAG